UUUUUUGUUUCACAUGUAAUUUUAAAAUACUUUAAAGUUUGUAAAGAAAAAAUUUGAUAAUAAAAAUAGUUUGGAACUUGAAUUUGAUCAACAAGGAAAUUGUCAUACAGGAUAUUUUUAUUCAACAAAUUCAUAUAAGAAAAAAGAUUAUACAUUAUAUUAUGGAAUAGAUGAAAAUAAUUGUCAAUUUUAUCAACAAAUAAAUUGCGAUAAAAUAAAACAUGUUCGUAUAUGUGGUACACAAUCUAAAAAUAGUAUUAUAAAUUAUUUUCCAAAUGCUAUUGAACUUACUUUUGAUCUAUCUAAUGAUUCAAUUACAAUCGAUCUUAAUCGUAUUUUGCCUUUAUCAAAACUUAGAAAAUUAGUUAUUGAAUGUUAUCAAUUUUCUUUUAAACGAUUAAUCAAGUUAUUAUAUUCUACAGUUAAUUUAAAUUCAUUAAAAAUUCGUAGAACAUUAAUUAACGAUAGUGAAUAUGAAUUAAUUCAACAAAGUGAAUUUUUUCAAAUGAUAUCAAAUAAGAAUAUGAUUAAAAAUUUGGUUAUUGAUGAAUGUUGUACAUUAACAAAGAUUCAAUUAUUUGUUGGUUUAUGUCCUCGAUUGCAACAACUUACAAGUGGUAUGAAUCGAAAAGAAUUUUUAUCAAUUGUACGAUUCUUAGUAUCAAAAAAUGAAAAAAAUAUUAAAAAUUUAUCCUUUCUAUGUGUUUUACAUGCACCUAAAGUAUCAUUAAAAGAAUUGAAGAAAUUUAUUAAAUUAGAAAAAAUACUUGACGAUCAUGCAAUAAAUCAUGUUGAUCGUAAAUUAUAUUUGUGGUGGUAA